CUCUGAAGAGGAUGUAAGGCCCGGACCACUGUCGGUGUCAGUUCUCCCAGCCUCAUCCUGUGUCGGAGAAGAAGGGAAUGGGCCCAGCCUCACUGCAGGAGGAGAGAGAGCCGGAGAAAGAGUCCAACGGGGAGAUGGAGGGCUACCGCUGCCUUCUGCAGGCGGGCUCCCAGCUGGAGAGCACUCUGCAGCAGGUUACUGUCCCUGUCAGCUUGAAGGAGGUGGGAGGCUACAUAGAGAAACAGGUGGCUUAUCUGACAGGGGGCCGUGGGGAAGAAUCCAGCGUCAUCAUCACCCUCCCAGAGUGCUCGGCUUUCAGUGACAUUCCAGAGGAGGCUUUAGCCAAAGUCUUUACAUACCUCACUCUCAUCCCUCGAACGAGGCAACCCGGAGUAAAAUUCAUCAUCAUUUUAGACCGAAGAUUGGAUACAUGGGCCUCAAUCAAAAAUGCACUUGCAAGGAUAGCAGCCUCUUUUCCUGGGAACCUCCACCUGGUCUUGGUGCUCCGACCCACCAGCUUCUUCCACCGCACUGUUACUGAUAUUGGCUUUCGCUUCAGCCAAGAGGACUUCAUGCUCAAGAUGCCAGUGGUGAUGCUGAGCUCUGUCACCGACUUGCUGCGCUACAUUGACGAGAACCAGCUUACUUCAGAGUUUGGAGGAACUUUGGACUAUUGUCAUAGCGACUGGAUUGUUUUACGAACAGCUAUUGAAAGUUUUGCUGUCACAGUCAAAGACAUUGCACAGAUGUUGCAGGGCUUCGGCACUGAGCUGGCAGAGACGGAGCUGUGUGACGAGGGGAAAGCCAUCGAGUAUCUCCUCGAGUCCCACACUGACAAGUACAGGAAACUCAAGGAUGCAAUUAGGUCUGUGUCGAAGGAAGGUCGUCAUCUUCUCGCAAGCUUGGCGACCUCCGGAAAGGAGGAUGACUCGCAGUGGGAUGUGAGGCUGGACUGGGAGACGGUACAGAGGCUUCUUGCUCAGCUCAGAGACAUGGAGUCAGCCUUCGAUGGUUUCUUUGAGAAGCAUCAUCUGAAACUCCAUCAGUACCUGCAGUUGCUUAGAUACGAACAAAGCUUUCAAGAGAUUGAGUUGUGUCUGGAGCAUCUAGUGGGUCAGGAGAGGGAGCUCUCCAUAUCCGUUGACACUCUGGCUCAAGCAGAACAGGCUCUCAAAAGGUUGGACAGUCUGGAAUCAAAUGCACAGGAGGUGAUGUCUCGAGCUCAGAUCAUCAUCCUUCACGGAUACCAGCUGUCAGCGGGUCACCACUAUGCCAUUGCUCUUAUAAUGCAGCGCUGCAACGAGCUUCGCCACUUCUGUGAUACACUCAAUGCUGCGCUGCAGACCAAACACACUCGUCUUCUGCAUACACACCAGCUGUUGCUUUGUCUUGGACAGGCCCAAACUUGGUGUGACGAUGGAGCGUAUCUGCUGGCCAAUCAGCUGGUAGAAAAGUACCAGUCUAAGGAGGGGGCCCAGGCUGCUCUGAGGGACAUUGAGAGGUUCCUGGAGGGGGCGCCAUCUAUGCUGAGCUCAGGACCUGACAUCCUGGCCAUGGAGUACGAAGCUGUCAUCACACCUCAGCUGCAGGCUCAGAUAGGUAAAACGUUUGCGAAGCAUUCAGCGGUGCAGCAGAUGAUCCAGAGCCGUCAGGCGUGUCUAAGGAAGCUGGCUGAUAAACAUGUGCGACCCAUCCAACUGGUGGCCCCCAGGGCUGAAAUCCCACCACGCUCGAAGUCCCCGCUCUUCUCCCCCAAACAUGGUGAUGGUUUGAAGUUCACGUUCGACCUCUCUCUGCCUGGGAAGAGAGCGUCCCGAAAGAGCCCCAACUCCAGAAAAAUUGAGGUGAUGCACGACUACCAGGAGAGCCGGAGCUGCGUGCCGUCGGGUCUGGACGGAGAGGACAGCCCAGAUCUCUUGAAGCGUCAUGUGAUGAGGGAACUAAUAGAGACCGAGAGGAUCUAUGUGGAGGAGCUGCUGUCAGUUCUGCUGGGAUACAGAGCUGAGAUGGACAAUCCAGCUCUGCCGGGGCCUCUGCCCUCGAUCCUGCGCAGCAAGAGGGACGUCCUCUUUGGAAACAUGCCUGAGAUCUAUAAUUUUCACAGCAGGGUUUUCCUUCAGGAUCUGGAGGGAUGCCUGGAGGCUCCUGAAAGUGUGGGAGCCUGUUUUCUGGAGUGGAAAGAGAGUUUCCAAAUGUAUGAAUGCUACUGUCAGAAUAAGCCACGCUCUGAUGCACUGUGGAAACAAUUCUCAGACUGCGGCUUCUUUCAGGAGUGUCAGAAAAAGCUGGAGCACAAACUGGCCCUGGAUUCCUACCUUUUGAAACCAGUGCAACGCCUCACCAAGUACCAGCUGCUGCUUAAGGAACUUCUCAAAUACAGCACAGAUAGCAAAGGGUCUUCAGAACUGCAGGGGGCACUAACGGCAAUGCUGGACCUUCUCAAAUCAGUCAAUGACUCCAUGCAUCAAAUAGCCAUCACAGGAUAUGAGGGGGACAUUUGCGAGCUGGGCCGUGUGUUGAUGCAGGGUUCUUUCAGUGUGUGGAUCAGCCAUAAGAAAGGCCCCACGCGCAUGAAGGAGCUGGCUCGAUUCAAGCCGAUGCAGAGGCACCUCUUCUUGUACGAGAGAGCGCUGCUUUUCUGCAAACGGAGGGAGGAGCACGGAGACGGCUGCGACAAGACCCCCUCGUACAGCUUCAAGCACUGUCUGAAGAUGACUGCUGUGGGGAUCACAGAGAACGUCAAGGGAGAUGUGAAAAAGUUUGAGAUCUGGUACAGUGGCAGGGAGGAAGUGUAUGUGGUUCAGGCUCCCACAGUGGAGGUGAAGAUGGCCUGGCUCAAUGAGCUUCGCAGAAUCCUGACUAACCAGCAGAAGCUGCUUCGAGAUGAAGCCUAUCAACAAGGCCAAGUGGUUGGACACAUGCAGCUUCCUCCACCACUCUCUGAGAGCAAACAGCAGAGGGCAUCAGUGAGCUCAGAGGACUCUGAGUCGGGGAGGAGCAGUCCAGACCCCCAGCCUCACUCCCCUAAACACCAGCACAACCGCAAGAGUUGGCCCGGGGCUCAUCACUCGGUAGACAUCUGCGAGGGUCUGGAGGAGUGGUCUGGAGGUCGGGACGCCUUCCACCCCUCUGACAUGGAGGAGGAGGAGGGUUCACUGCAACUGUCUCCAGGUAGAUACAGGGCUUUGGCUGACUGCCUUCAAAAUGGACCAGACAGCAUCACCAUCAAGUGUGGAGACGUCAUCCAACUACAGUUGGAGGACAACAAGGGACGCUGGCUGGUAAAAAACCUGAGCCGGCGACAGGAGGGCUUCGUAGCAGCUUCCAGCCUGCAGCUGAUUCUAGUCGACAGUAUUCAAGGACACACAUCCAGACUUGGGGACCCGUGGAACCUGAAGGCAAGAAAGCUCAGCUCCCCGUAGAGAAGAAAGCACAGAAUGUGAAUUUGACAUUUACCGGUGAAUGACGAAGAGACAGAAGGAACAAGUUGAGCCAGAGCCGAUCAGCCACCCACUCCUCACUCCCCGGUAACGUCUGUUUUAUCCAGCACAGAUCAAUCCUUGAAGAGAAACAUGUGGGAAUCUACAGAACUGAAUUUUCUUCCAGCUUAUGAUUGACAAUCUACUGGGCCGGUGUUUUGAGAUACUGACGGUGCGAUAUAGCACCAUUGCAAAGGCUCAGGAAUGGUUUAUUAGACAAUCAAAAUCUGAAUCCUGGAUCCUGAUUGGUCUUCCCCUUUUCUGAUUGGUGAGGCGAAUCCAUCUGGAGCAGUUUGUCACUUCCCAACCUGUGGACGCUUCCUCAUUCCAAAAAGUAUUCAAGUAUCUCGGUGUGCUGGAUGGAUGGGAGCCCAGGAUUUGCCUGAAACAUUUCUUAAAGCAGAGACUUUUGUACAUAUACAUCAUUUUUAACAUUUGUUGUACCUUAGUGUUUCAUCUUUGUGUAGUUGGUUGACAUUUGUCCAUUGAAUUACUUCAUUGUAUUUUUCUUAAAUGAAAUGUUUCCUUAAGGCACCACUCUUCAGUACAGUCUAGGAGUUAGAAUGCCAAAAUGUGCCGUGCCAUAAUGCCUUUUUUAUUCCUGCUCUUUUAGAGUCUCUUGUAUACUCUGUUAUCGCUUUAACCUGACCUCACACAUAUUCAAAAGGCACUUUAAAAUGGUGGACGGACAGGAGAGACCUCCUGAAUGUGUGCUUGUCUGGCUGCUUUACCUCAGUUGUUGUGCAUUGUCUCUUACUCAUGCUGCUACGACAGCAUGCAGGCAGCAGUUGACUACGUCAUAGUGACGAUAGUGACGUAGGACACAAGCAGACAGGAUGGAGAUUGAUGGCAGAGUAGAAGAAGCAGAGGGAGAGAGGGAGAUUAUGCUGGGUCCCUCUAUCACAGAGGCAGAUGGUUUUCUCCUUACCAUUACAGCUCAGUUAAUCUCGGGUUGCCCAUUAAAAGGGAUCAUACAACCAACAUGAAAUAGACCCUCUGUGUUGAACGCUUAAUUAAAUAUUGAUUGCAGACUUAUACGAGUUUACCACAUCAAAUCGAGACCCAGUCAGAAGGCUGCCUUUGAUUCACUGUUUGAAAUGGAAAUGAGUCUAAAAAGCAGCAUGGGCUGCUUCGCACUACACAUUUCCUAUGUUGUUAAUUUAUUUAUCUUACUGUCAUGUUGUUCCUUCAUAUUGUGAGGUAUCUCUGCAGCUCCGAAGGAAAUUAUAUUUCCAUAUAUUUAAAAGGAGCUAAGCUAGGCUGCACAUCAAAAAAACAAUUUAUUUAUUUUUAGCUUAUUUGACAAAGAAGAUGGUUUCUUUGUCACUUUAAUCCAAAAUGCUGCAGAUUUUGCACAGAUUUUCCAGGUUGGAAAAACAAAACAAAACAAACCUGCUUGAAAUAAUAUUUAUGCUGAUGAGCCAAGUAACCGGAGCUUGUUGCUGAAUGUUUCUUUAAGAUGAAAAUGCAUGGCAACUGAGCAGGUUUGUACUGUUAGACAGUCACUGCUCUCAACUGGCUUGAUUUAUACAGCUUCAGUUCUGUAAAGAAAUAUAGAUUAUUCAUUGCAAUAAUUGUUUUGAUAAUUGAAAUAGUUCAAUACCUAUUUCAUAAGGUGAUAUGUUUGACUGAAAACUAAGACUGUGCUUUUUCAUGCACGUUUAUUUCUGUUUUAAUGGAAGCUAACUUAUAUAAUAAAAUCAUGCCGACUUUC